GAAUAUAUACCGACACCCAUAUACAUACAUAUCACACCUUCAAAUCUCUCCCUAUUCUGUCUGAUUAGUCUCACAGUCUCCUCCUGCGAUGAAUCUAAACUACUCUCUUCUUCCUUUCGUCUCCUUCAUCGCUCUCUUCUUUCUACCUUCCUUAAUCUCAUCUCAAUCUUGCCAGAGAUACUGCGGCAAAUUACCAGUCCGAUACCCAUUCGGCACCGGCCCCGGCUGCGGCGACCCACGCUUUCAACAAUACGUAACCUGCCAUGACCAGCAACUCGCCUUAACCACACACACCGGCUGCUACCCGGUCACCGACAUAGACUACACCAACCAGCUCAUAUUCAUCUCAGAUCCUUCCAUGUCAACCUGCGACUGCACACGACCCAGCAAUGGCUUUGGUCUCGACUGGGCCGCUCCUUUCUCUUUCCACGACGACACCGUUUUCACUCUCCUCGACUGCUCCCCCACUUCCUCCCCAAUCCUCAAAUCAAACUCCAGCUCUGUUCCUCUCUGUGACAAACAGGGUUCACCCAUUUGCACUUUCUUGUAUUCUUGCACGUCGAUUAGCAUGAUGAAUCUGCCUAUCUCAACUUGCUGUGUUUACACGCCGGUUGAUCUUGGACCGUCGUUUGAGAUGGAUUUACAGAAGCUGCAUUGUUCUUCUUAUUCUGGGCUUUAUAGUUUUAACGGACAGGAAUCAGACCCAAGAAAAUGGAAGUAUGGGAUUGCCCUGAAAUAUAAGUUCAAUGUUUAUAAUGAUUAUCCAAACUCCUGCGCCAGUUGCGAGAGGACAAAUGGAGCUUGUGGGUAUAGGACAGAAUCUUAUAAUACGUUUAUAUGUAGCUGUCCUAGUGGAUUCAAUACAUCAACUGAGUGUUUCUUUGGAACAUCUUUUAACAAUGGCUUAAAACUUCUUCCAUUGCAGAAAGGGAAUUGGCUGCUUGGUGGUCUGCCAUGGAUUCUGGUUUGGGUACUACUGUAGAUUAAUUGUGAAAAACUAAUAAUAAUAAAAAAGGAAUUAUAACAGUCCCAAACUGACUCAAGUUAAUGCCGAAGUUUUUUUAAGACCAUUUUCUCUUCAUGUGAUGUGAUGAACUGGGAAAGAUCUUCAGAAGGAAGGAAUGUGUAAAUAAAGGUAAUGGUGGACGGUGAAGGACGGAGUCAAAACAGGAAGAAAAUGACUUUAUGAUUUCUGUGCUUAUAACACAAAACACACGCGCACACACAUAUAUAUAUAUGUAUGUAUGUAUUUUGUGUUAUAAGUAAAUAUAGUAAUCAGUUUUUGCUA